CUUCGAUUAAUAUUACAGUCGAUUAAGUUGAAUACUCUCCGUAACACGGUGGUGAGAGAGAUCAAUUUGCUUAACAGCAAGAUGUUCCAUCUCACCAUAAACGAGUGCGACAACCUGAGCGCGAACAGCAUCGACAUACGGGCCCCAGCCGACAGCCCGAACACGGACGGGAUCCACAUCGCGAGAUCGAACAACGUAAGGGUGACCGACUCUCGCAUCUCCACAGGGGACGACUGCGUGUCGAUGGGAGACGGAAACACAAACGUCAACAUCACAAAGAUUUGGUGUGGGCCCGGACACGGGAUUAGCAUCGGAAGCCUAGGGAAAUAUAAAGAGGAAAAAGAUGUUAGUGGGAUAUUUGUCGAUAACUGUACUUUUACGAAAACCAAUAAUGGAUUGAGGAUCAAAACGUGGGCCCCGUCUACAGUGUCCACCAUCGUCUCCGACGUUACUUUUUCGAAUAUUCUUGUGGAUGAUGUCGAGAACCCUAUCGUAAUCGACCAGUACUACUGCCCAAACAACCUUUGCAGCCAUCAGGUGCGUAAAAAAAAUGAUUUUAUUGGUGAGUCGGACAUAGAAAUCAGCGGAGUGAAGUUUGUAAAUAUAAAGGGAAGUUCGGAAUCGAAAGUUGCGGUGGACGUACAAUGCAGCAAGAAGAAGCCAUGCAAGAACAUCGAGUUUGUGGCUCUUAAUUUGACAACAAAGGCGACGGGACAACCUACGACGGCGUCAUGCUCCAACGCCGACCACAAAUUUAUCGACCCGAGUGUUCAAGUUCCUUCCAUGUGUUCGUGA